UUGGUCCCUAUCCUCCCUUAUUUGACUCUUUAGGGUUUACAGAGUAAACCAGCGGCUUUUCAGAGUUACUCCAAGAACAAGAAUUUCAGGGUUUUAGCGACCAAAAACCUCCAUGGAUCCUUCAUCUCUAGAAAACCCCGAGCUGGUUCAGUUCAUUAACCAAGAGAAGGAAAGAGCUAUGCUGAAUGAGAUGGUGGCUAAGCUUACAAAUGUGUGUUGGGACAAAUGCAUUACCGGCACACCUGGGAGCAAGUUCAGCUCAAGUGAACAAAGUUGCCUUUCAAACUGUGCUCGCCGCUACUUGGACAUGAGUGUCAUAAUCAUGAAGCGUUUUCAGAAUAUGCACUGAAUUUCUCAGAAUUUUUUUAUAUGCUAUUUCAUUUACAAGAUCUAGGUAUUUUUGGCCUAUGACAUAAGAUAAACAAGUUGGAACUGUUUUGUAACUCCGAAGCAUAUAAUUCAUCACUUUUUUGGUACUA